AUGGGGAAAGUAAAACAAACAACCAAGGCUGCUUCAGGAGCUAAGCAAUCUCUCCCUUUUAACACCGACAGAGGUCAGCAUAUUCUCAAAAAUCCUGGAAUAGUCAAUGCAAUCAUCGAAAAAGCUGCUCUAAAAUCAACAGAUACAAUUGUUGAAGUUGGUCCUGGUACCGGUAAUUUAACAGUGAAAAUGCUUGAAGCAGCUAAGAAAGUCAUUGCUUUUGAAAUUGAUCCUAGAAUGGUUGCUGAAGUGAAAAAGAGAGUGAUGGGAACACCACUACAAAAUAAGCUUGAAGUUAAGCAAGGAGAUGUUAUGAAAACUGAAUGGCCGUUCUUCGAUGUGUGCGUGGCUAACUUACCUUAUCAGAUUUCUUCACCUUUUGUGUUCAAACUUUUAUUACAACGACCUCUACCUAGAUACGCCGUACUCAUGUUCCAGAAAGAGUUUGCUGAUAGAUUAGUAGCCAAACCAGGAGAUAAAGAUUAUUGUCGUUUAUCGGUGAAUGUCCAGCUGCUAGCCAAAGUAGAGCAUUUAAUGAAAGUUAAAAGAACAGAAUUCCGUCCUCCACCGAAAGUAGAUUCAUCAGUUGUACGUAUUGCGCCCAAGAAUCCACCUCCACCCAUAAAUUUCGAGGAAUGGGAAGGCUUAUUACGGCUAUGCUUCCUACGUAAGAACAAAACCUUGUUGGGUAUCUUCAGAUUGAAAAAUGUUGUGGAGUUGAUAGAAAAGAAUUAUAGAAAGUUAUGUAGUUUGACGAAUAAGCCAGUUCCAGCAGAUUUAGAUAUGAAAGCAUUGAUAGAAAAAACGUUACAAGAUUCUGGUUUUGCCGAGAAAAGAGCACGGAAAAUGUCCAUCGAAAGUUUCUUAGCUCUCCUAUUGGCUUUCAACAAAGCUGGUAUUCAUUUUUCUGCCUAA